AUGUCGGAGGGGGUUUAUUGCCUAACGAGUACAAGAUACUGCUUUAGCCAACACAUGAUGAAAGUCACUGGAGAGAGCGUAUCCGUCACCAAACGCUGUGUACCGUUAGAGGACUGUCUGUCUACGGGAUGCAUAUAUGUAAAGCAUGAAGAAUACAAGAUCUGCACCUCCUGCUGCGAAGGGAGCAUCUGCAACUUGCCCCUGCCAAGGAACACAACUGACGCCGUAUUUACAACUCUCUCCCCGCUCAACAAAACGCAGAGGCUUUCCCGCCCCGUCCUGCUGACAGCGGCGUGUCUCUGGUUGGGGUUGAUGUCGCAGCGCUGGGCCGCGCUGCCGCGCGUGGCGGGUCGGGGCAGCUGA